CCGGCCGGCCCGACCCGACCCGACCCGGCCCGAUCCGGCCCGAUCGCCAGCACCGCCGCGGCCGGCCCGGAGACCCGCGCGCCCCGGACCGCCCCGGACCCUCCCCGGACCCGGACCGGACCGGACCCGGCGAGCUCCAGGAUGACGGACGACGAUUCGUAUCUGAGAGGGCACGAACAAAUGUUUCACCUGCCUCCUCUGACGCAUGCCAUAUUUAACCCAGAAUUAUUUCCACCAGAGAUGCCCCUGCCGACAGCAGAUGGUCCAUACCUUCAAAUAUUAGAGCAACCUAAACAGAGAGGAUUCCGUUUCCGUUACGUGUGUGAAGGCCCCUCCCACGGUGGGCUUCCGGGCGCAUCCAGUGAGAAGAACAAGAAGUCCUACCCGCAGGUCAAAAUCUGCAACUACGUGGGCCCUGCCAAAGUCAUUGUCCAGCUGGUCACAAACGGGAAGAAUGUCCACCUCCACGCCCACAGCCUGGUGGGAAAACACUGCGAGGACGGCGUCUGCACUGUCACCGCGGGCCCCAAGGACAUGGUGGUCAGCUUCGCCAACCUGGGCAUCCUCCACGUGACAAAGAAGAAGGUGUUCGAGACCCUGGAGGCUCGGAUGACAGACGCGUGCGUCAGGGGCUACAACCCUGGGCUCCUGGUGCACCCCGAUCUCGCCUACCUGCAGGCCGAGGGUGGCGGAGGCGACCGGCAGCUCACGGACCGAGAAAAGGAGCUCAUCCGCCAGGCGGCCCUGCAGCAGACCAAGGAGAUGGACCUGAGCGUGGUGCGGCUCAUGUUCACCGCCUUCCUGCCCGACAGCACCGGCAGCUUCACGCGGCGCCUGGAGCCUGUGGUGUCUGACGCCAUCUACGACAGCAAGGCUCCCAAUGCAUCCAACUUGAAAAUCGUAAGAAUGGACAGAACGGCUGGAUGUGUAACUGGCGGGGAGGAGAUUUACCUCCUCUGUGACAAAGUACAGAAAGAUGACAUUCAGAUUCGGUUCUAUGAAGAGGAGGAGAACGGAGGCAUCUGGGAAGGGUUUGGAGACUUCUCCCCGACGGACGUCCACAGACAAUUUGCUAUUGUCUUCAAAACUCCGAAGUAUAAAGACAUCAACAUCACCAAACCGGCAUCUGUGUUUGUCCAGCUUCGGAGGAAGUCAGACUUGGAAACGAGCGAGCCCAAGCCUUUCCUCUACUACCCCGAAAUCAAAGACAAAGAGGAAGUACAGAGGAAGCGGCAGAAGCUGAUGCCCAACUUCUCAGACAGCUUCGGCGGCGGUGGUGGCGGCACGGGCGCAGGAGGCGGGGGCAUGUUUGGUGGUGGUGGCAGCGGAGCAGGGGGCACAGGCGGCACCGGACCAGGGUAUGGCUUCCCACACUACGGAUUCCCGACAUACAGUGGGAUCGCCUUCCAUCCUGGAACCACCAAGUCCAACGCCGGCAUGAAACAUGCACACUUCCCUCUUGCCUCCCGUGACCUACCUGAAACAGCGAAUGUUAACGCAGGCUGGAUGAGAAGCAGCUGCUUUUCUGCAUUUCCCGCAGGAACUGUAAACACUGAACGGAAUCAGGACCCUGAAGGCUGUGAUGCUGGUGAAAAUGAGACAGUGCUCCCAGCCACAGAAGCAGAGGAGGAGCCUGCCGAGCCCAGCCCCGGGGAGGACGGGGUGCCGCUGACCCACGCCCCGGCAGAAGAGGACAAGGACAUGGGGCUUCAGGACAACCUGUUCUUGGAGAAGGCCCUGCAGCUCGCCAAGCGCCAUGCCAACGCCCUCUUCGACUACGCAGUCACAGGGGACGUGAAGAUGCUGCUGGCUGUGCAGCGCCAUCUCACCGCGGUGCAGGAUGAGAAUGGCGACAGCGUCUUGCACCUUGCUGUCAUCCACCUCCACGCCCAGCUCGUGAGGGACCUCUUGCAAGUAACCUCAGGACUGAUUUCCGAGGACAUCAUCAACAUGAGAAAUGAUCUCUACCAGACACCCUUGCACUUAGCAGUGAUCACGAAGCAGGAGGACGUGGUAGAGGACCUGCUGCAGGCUGGAGCGGACCUGAGCCUGCUGGACCGCCUGGGCAACUCUGCACUGCACCUUGCUGCCAAGGAGGGGCAGGACAAAAUCCUCAGCGUCCUGCUCAAGCACCGGAAGGCGGCGCUGCUGAUGGACCAGCCCAAUGGCGAAGGUCUCAAUGCCAUCCACAUUGCCGUGACAAGCAACAGCCUUUCCUGCCUGCUGUUGCUGGUGGCCGCAGGUGCCGACGUCAAUGCCCAGGAACAGAAGUCGGGGCGCACGGCACUACACCUGGCAGUGGAGCAGGACAAUGUGUCCCUGGCGGGCUGUCUGCUGCUCGAGGGUGAAGCCCAUGUGGACAGCACCACCUAUGAUGGGACCACACCACUGCAUAUUGCAGCCGGGCGAGGCUCCACCAGGUUGGCUGCACUGCUCAAGGCUGCAGGGGCAGACCCCUUAGUGGAGAACUUCGAGCCCCUGUACGACUGGGAUGAGUCCUGGGAAAGGACCGGCGAGGACGAAGGUGUGGUGCCAGGGACGACGCCACUGGACAUGGCGGCCAGCUGGCAGGUGUUUGACAUCCUAAACGGGAAGCCAUACGAGCCCGAGGUCGUGGCCGAUGACCCCCUGGCUCAAGGGGACAUGAAGCAGCUGAGCGAGGAAGCCAAGCUGCAGCUCUACAAGCUGCUAGAAAUCCCCGACCCGGACAGAAACUGGGCGACGCUGGCACAGAAGCUGGGCCUGGGCAUCCUGAACCACGCCUUCCGGCUGAGCCCUGCACCAGCCAAGACCCUGAUGGACAACUACGAGGUCUCGGGAGGCACCGUCAAGGAGCUGCUGGAGGCCUUAGCACAGAUGGGCUACACGGAAGCCAUCGAAGUGAUCCAGGCAGCCUGCUGCGGCUCAGGGACCCCCAGCUCCAUGAAGGGUACCACGCAGGCCCCCCUGCUGUCCCUGUCAAUAUCACCGCAGAUCGAUGAGCUUCGAGACCAGGACAGCAUCUGUGACAGCGGCGUGGAGACCUCCUUCCGCAAGCUCAGCUUCACGGAGUCUCUGACGGGCGGUGGCCCCUUGCUAACACUUAACAAAGGUUCGCCCGAAUUUGGGCAGCAAGGACCCAUAGAAGGCAAGAUCUAGCUGCCUCCAUGGCCGCGCCAUGCAGCCGAAGCCCAAAAGCUCAGCACCUUGCCCAAGAAAUGGAAGACCGGGUGUCCAGAGGCACUCAGUAGAGAGGCGACCAUGAUCAUCAGGCCACCGCGGGCCUCUGAGCGUGGCCACCCCGGGUCCUUCACUGAGUCCAGGCUGGGUCCCGUCCAGGCAGGAAGCCCCUGGCAGGCAUGGCCCUCGAGGAGCCGACAGUGUUCCUGGGCGAGAGGUGCAUCGAUGUCACCGCUGCCGCCAGGUCACAGCUGCUUUCUGCUCCAUCGCUGCUGCUGCUGCUGCUGCUGCUGCUGCUGCUGUCGCUCUGUUGUGUCCCCAAGCCCCUUCCAUGGCCUCCCGGUGCCCUUCUUGCCAUUGACAGUUGGUGCACUCAGAUACUAAGGAAGGAGGAAUCUUUAGAUGAGUCGCUUGGUGUGCAGUGAAGGAGGGCCGCACAUUUCCCAACGUGCCAUCGCUGUGAUUCGCAAAGCACGCACUUAGCAAUAUUUAAACAUGGUUCCAAUCAGGGCUGAAAGUGGUAUCCCCCCGCCCCACCUUUUUCUGCAUUUUGGUAUUGUAAAUAUGUUUUUUAGACCAAAUACUUUAAAGGAAAAAUGUUGGAUUUAUAAAUGCUAUUUUUUAUUUUACUUUUAUAAUAAAAGGAAAAGCAAAUGGUUGA